AUGGAGGGAAAUUGGAGUUGGGUCGAAAUGUGCGGGCCGGGCGGAUUAGUGCCAUGGUACCCAUCCAAAAGAGAUAUUGGAAGUUGUUUUCAACAAUUAUUUUUACUUGUGCCAGUGUCUAUCAUAUUUGCCAUUGUGUCCGCUUAUUAUUGCGGUUCGAAAUCCGACAGAACUCGAUAUCAAAAUCGAAAAUGCAUAAUUCAGUCGAGAUUUACAGUUUCUUUAUUAAUAGCAAUUAUUCCAGUUAUCAGAUUCAUUGUCGGUUCUCAGUACGCAUUCGAAAUGUUCCGUCCCGUAGAUUAUUUAACGGCAGGAGUGGAAAUUAUUGCUUGGUUCGUACAUUCGGGAUACGUUUUAUCCCUAAGGCACGAAAACAAAAUCCACGGUCCGGUAAUCGUUCGAGUUUUAUGGACACUAUUAGUUAUUUUAGCUGUGAUCAAUCUCAGAAGUCAGAUUUUAACUUCACAUUCCAAUGAUGAUUUCGUAUAUCAUGUUAAAUUUGGUUUUUCAUUCACACUCGUUUUUCUACAAAUAUGUUACGGUUUGACUUUUUUUUUCUCCUGUGGAAGUUCUCAAUCCAGUUAUCAAAUGUAUGAUAGGUAUUCAAGGUACACAGAGCGUUCUCGUUUGCUCACUUCGACAACCUUUCACGGUUUUGUCGAAGAUGUCGAUUCAGAAGAUUUGGGAGUAGCCAUGGAAAAUGAAUCUUUCACAUCGAAAUUAAUUUUUCAUUGGGUUUAUUUUCUAAUGAAAAAAGGAUCUGAAAAGAAAUUAAAAACCUGUGAUGAUCUAUUCGAUUUGCCCAGCGAAAUGAAUUCGUUUUAUCUCAGAACGAAAAUGAAUUCUGCCAUGGGUGUAGUUCCAAAACCUGAAGACGUAACCGUAUAUGGUUCGACAGAUGUCUCCAUCUUACCAAAACCUGAAAAAAUUACCUUGCUAAAAGCUUUACAUAAAUGUUUCAAAUUUGAAUUUUACUCCAUCGGAGUGUUAAAACUUUGUAGUGAUGUUUUAAAUUUUGGUGGUCCUCUUUUACUUAACAGAUUGGUUACAUUCAUCGAGAGUAAAGAGGAAAAAUUAGAUACAGGAUUAUAUUGUGCAUUUGGACUUUUCCUCACAACAUUUUUCGGAGCUUUAACAAAUGUUCAUUUUAAUUUUUUUAUGACAAAAGUAGGUCUUAAACUCAGGGGAGCCUUAAUUGGGACAAUCUAUAGCAAAACAUUGAAUACAGUGUAUUUAGACAUAAAUAAAUUUAGUACUGGUGAAAUAAUUAAUUUUAUGAGUGUCGACACAGAAAGAGUUGUUAAUUCUUGUGCCAGUUUUCAUUCUCUAUGGAGUAUUCCAUUACAGUUAAUUGUUACAUUUUAUCUUUUGUAUUCGCAAGUUGGAGUUGCUUUUUUAGCUGGAGUCAUAUUUACAGUUUUAUUAAUACCAAUCAACAAAGCAAUAGCAUCAAAAAUAUGUGAAUAUAGCGUUAAACUCAUGGAACAGAAAGAUCAAAGAGUUUCAACGACGACGGAAAUGCUCCAGGGCAUAAGAGUGUUGAAAAUUCACGUUUGGGAACAAUUUUUUUUGGAAAAAAUUCUUAAAAUUCGUAACGUCGAAAUAAAACAUUUGAAAUCGAGGAAAUAUUUGGAUGCUUUAUGCGUUUACUUUUGGGCCACGACACCGAUAAUAAUAUCGACUCUCACUUUUGCAACGUAUUCGUUGUUGGGCAAUCAAUUGACUGCUGCCACCGUUUUCACAACCAUGGCUCUUCUUAACAUGUUAAUUGCUCCGUUAAAUGCUUUUCCCUGGAUAUUGAACGGUUUAACGGAAGCUUGGGUGUCGAUAAAUAGAAUUCAAAAAUUAUUGGAUUCCAAAGAUAAUAAUUUCAGGGAAUAUUACGAGAAUAAGUUUCAAGAGCAAGAUGUAAUUUACUCUUUAAAACAUUGCAAGUUUAAAUGGCAGUCGGACGACGACAGUUUGAAAAAAAAUUCCGAGGGAUCAGAAGAAGUCAAUGGGUCGGAAACGGAUAACAAUCAAAUGAAUCCACUGUUAAUUAACGAAACGGAAACUAUAAACUUUUGGGAAAGUCAAAGUCCUCCAGAGUCGGAAAGUCAUUUUGUUUUAGAUAUUGUUAACUUAGUCGUAAGAGAAGGUAAUCUAGUCGGAGUGAUUGGUCCUGUGGGAAGUGGUAAAAGUACAUUUUUAUCCGCUCUCAUUGGUGAAAUUAACAAAAUAAGAGGAAAUAUUACAAUGAGGAACAUCGAAGGAGGGUGCGCUUUGGUGACUCAAACUCCCUGGAUUCAAAGGGGAACCAUUAGAGAUAAUAUAUUAUUCGGGAAAAGUUACGAUAGUUUAUGGUAUAAGAGUGUCAUAGAUGGUUGUUGCUUAACCGCCGAUAUUGAAUUACUUCAGGGAGGAGAUUUGGCUAGCGUUGGGGAAGGAGGAAUGACUUUAAGCGGAGGUCAAAGGGCUAGAGUUGCACUUGCGAGAGCUGUGUACCAGAACAGGGACAUUUACCUGUUGGACGAUGUACUCGCCUCCGUCGAUGUUCGCGUCGCGAGAGUCAUAUUUAAUAAAGUUAUAUGCGGUUUGUUAAAAGACAAAACGAGAAUUUUAUGUACCAAUAACCUUCAACUUUUAAUCAAUGCAGACUUAAUAAUAAAAUUAAAUAAAGGAAAAGUGGAAGCCGUCGGGAAACCAUCCGAAAUACUGGAUCGUUUUGAAGAAUUCAACAAUUUUGAAAUCGAGUGUUCUUCCCCGUCCGAAGGUGACAAAGAAGUUUUGACAAACGAAAAUAAAAACAUUGUCGAAUCGGAUUUAGAAUCAAAAGAAUCUGGAGCCAUAAGUGCGAGAGUGUAUAAAACGUAUUGGACGUCAAUCGGUCAUUUUUUAUCCAUUCUCAUUUUAUUAUCGGUGACUUUGAUGCAAGCGUCGCGAAACGUGACGGAUUAUUGGCUGUCGUGUUGGGUAUCGGAAGAAGGGAAAUACAAUUCCACGGGAGAUCCUUUUCCCGACUGGAGCGAAUCGAUCAAAAAACAUUAUCUCGAAGUUUACGGGAUUUUAGCUUUCAUGAACACCAUAUUUACGUUCAUGCGAGCAUUUUUAUUCGCUUACGGAACCAUACAAGCCGCCGUCGUCGUACACGAGAAAUUACUCAAGAAAAUAUUGUCGUCGAAAAUCGUUUUCUUCGACAUUUCACCCAUCGGAAGAAUAUUGAAUCGAUUUUCGAGCGACACAUACACCAUAGACGACUCUCUCCCCUUCAUUUUGAAUAUUUUUCUCGCUCAGCUUUUCGGUUUACUCGGGUCCGUAGCGAUGACCAUUUACGGACUCCCCUGGCUGUGUUUAAUUUUAGUGCCUUUAGUACCGAUAUAUUAUCACGUUCAAACGUCAUAUCGAAACGCGUCCAGAGAACUCAGACGAUUGUGCAGCGUUAGCCUGAGUCCACUUUUUUGUCAUCUCCACGAAACUUUACAGGGUUUGACGACGAUCAGAGCUUUCAGGACGUUGACUCGAUUCAGGCAAAGGAGCGACGAAUAUUUGGAACGUAAUCAGAAAGCUAUUUUUGCCAAUCAAGCUGCCAAUCAGUGGCUAAGUUUCAACUUGCAAAUGAUCGGCGUGGUGUUGGUAACCGGAUGCGCCGUGAUAGCAGCCUUGCAGCACAAAUUCGACGUCGUGGAUUCCGCCAUCAUUGGAUUAAUUAUAUCCUACUCGUUAUCGACGACGUCACUUUUAAACGGUGUCGUGUCUUCAUUCACGGAAACGGAAAAGGAAAUGAUUUCGAUGGAAAGAGUGGGUCAAUAUUUGGACGAGAUAGAAUCCGAGUCGGAAGAUGGUAACAGUCCUCCGUACGGUUGGCUCAGUCAAGGCGUCAUCAUUUUCCAAGGAGUUUAUUUAAAAUACCGGGAACACAUUCCACCGAGUCUCAACGGUGUGAGUUUUGAAAUUCGUCCGGCGGAAAAAGUCGGGAUCGUCGGGAGAACGGGAGCUGGAAAAAGCAGUUUGUUCGCCGCACUUUUGAGAUUGGUCAAUUUGGCGAGUGGAAAAAUCAUAAUCGAUACCGUAAACAUAAAUCAUAUCAGUCUCCAGUCGCUGAGAUCGAGAAUUUCCGUGAUUCCUCAAGAUCCUUUUUUGUUCGAGGGUUCGGUGAGAGUAAACAUCGAUCCCCUGGAAGAAUUCACGGACUCGCAAAUAAUGAACGCUCUUCAAAAGUGUCACAUGAAAAUGGCCGUCGAAAGGUUGGGAGGUUUGCAAGCGAAAAUAACGUCGGGAGGGAAAAAUUUUUCUCAGGGAGAAAGGCAACUUUUGUGCCUCGCGAGAGCGGUUUUGAAAAACGCAAAAAUCGUUUGCGUUGACGAAGCGACAGCAUUCGUCGACACAGAAAGCGAUAAGAAAAUCCAGCACACGAUUCGUUCAUGUUUUCGUCAGAGCACCGUGUUGACGAUCGCUCAUCGCAUAUCGACCGUCAUGGACUGCGAUAGAAUUUUAGUUUUAAACGAUGGCGAAGUCGUCGAAUUCGACGCUCCAAAAACUUUGGCUCUCGAUAAAACGUCGUAUUUUCAUCAGUUGUGCCAACAGGAAAUUCACUAG